AUGUUCUCAAGGGUUUGGCCGCCCACACCCCGCCCUGCACGCCCACACCCCGCCCACACCCCGCCCUGCACGCCCACACCCCGCCCUGCACGCCCACACCCCGCCCUGCACGCCCACACCCCGCCCUGCACGCCCACACCCCGCCCUGCACGCCCACACCCCGCCCUGCACACCCACACCCCGCCCUGCAUGCCCACACCCCGCCCUGCACGCCCACACCCCGCCCUGCACGCCCACACCCCGCCCUGCAUGCCCACACCCCGCCCUGAACGCCCACACCCCACCCUGCAUGCCCACACCCCGCCCUGCACGCCCACACCCCGCCCUGCAUGCCCACACCCCGCCCUGCACUCUCACACCCCGCCCUGCACGCCCACACCCCGCCCUGCACGCCCACACCCCGCCCUGCACGCCCACACCCCGCCCUGCAUGCCCACACCCCGCCCUGCACGCCCACACCCCGCCCUGCACGCCCACACCCCGCCCUGCGCGCCCACACCCCGCCCUGCACGCCCACACCCCGCCCUGCAUGCCCACACCCCGCCCUGCACGCCCACACCCCGCCCUGCAUGCCCACACCCCGCCCUGCACGCCCACACCCCGCCCUGCACGCCCACACCCCGCCCUGCGCGCCCACACCCCGCCCUGCACGCCCACACCCCGCCCUGCAUGCCCACACCCCGCCCUGCACGCCCACACCCCGCCCUGCACGCCCACACCCCGCCCUGCACGCCCACACCCCGCCCUGCACGCCCACACCCCGCCCUGCACGCCCACACCCCGCCCAUAUAA